AUGGCACCUCCCUUACCGCGUGCCCAUUUUCUCGGCGUACCCCUUGAGAUUCGCGUGAAGAUUUAUGAGCAUUUUUUCGCCCUGUUGGGGUCAUACUGGAUCUAUUUUUCCGACGAGGAAAUGGAUAGAUGGGCUCGGAAGAUCUUCCCGACCUACCCAGGGUCUCAUCUUUUCGCAUUACUGUACACCAACCAGCAGAUUAACAUGGAGGCAAUUGCAGUUUUCUUCAGGAUAAUUACUCUCCACGUGUCUCCCGAGUUUGUACCAGGCAAUCCCAGUUCUCUGGUUGCUUUCACAGAUCGUAUUGGCUGCCACAAUGCGGCCCUUCUCUGUCGGGUAGACAUUUCGUUCCCUGCGACGGUUAAGAGGCCUGAUGGAGAUUUGGAACUCGAAGCUCCUAGCGUGCAAACACUUUGUCAUCUUAAAGCAAGAUGUCCUGGACUAACUCGACUACGAUUCUGGAAUUGCAUCUACUCUAGGAAGGUCUUCGAUCAAUAUCAGAGAAAUCCCUCGUCCGUCAGUGCGGUAUUGGCAGAAAUCAACGGAUUGGUCAGGGGUAUCGCACCACUGAGGAACAUCAUCGUCUACACCGGCGAAAAUGUCGUUUUGAGCCCAGAAUUUAAAGAAUUUUUGCACAAUCUUGGAUGGGAAAUUGAUGCUAAAAAGUAUCGCUAUUCUGAGAACUAG